AUGGGUGGAAAGCGGAAAGCAGGUGCUGCAACGACGGGGGUAAAGCAGAAAACGAUAUUCGACCAUUUCAAGAAAGUUCCACCGAAAGGCGUUGACCCAGCACUCAAUGAGGUCAUCGACAUACCCGCCACGAAACCCACAUUGCCACCUUCACCGGUGUUGCCUACCCCAAUAAUAGAUCUUACACUUGAAUCUCCUGCACGUCCUGCCCGUGUUGCUCAGUUGGAAAAGGUGCCAGUGAAGCAAACAUAUUCCAUCUUCAAUCGACCACCCAAAGGCAUCAUUGUCGAGGACGAAUCCACCUCUUCUGCUCCCUCUAUAACCCCGAUUCUCUCCCCUACCUUUCCGACUGGAGAAAACCAACACGUCCGUGGCCUACAGACCACCUUCUCAGCCUCGCCGUUCCCAUCCCGGCUUCCCAGCAGUGACGCGUCAACACUUCCCGAAAACUCUCAGUGGUCUAAAGGUAUCUCCGACGCCCGCCACGGAGUUGUACAUUCUCCUCGCAUUCUUUCGUCGUCAGAAGAGCGACGAAACUGCCUUGAAGCCAUUUCGCAAGAACACAAACAACGGCAUCCCGCCAUAGCCUCCCUUGUUGAUGCGACUAUAGAAUCUUCGCCUCCUCCAGAACAUCUCUGGUCAGAUCGUUGGCACCCGCGACGCGCAGCUGAUAUUCUGGGUAACGAAGAGAAUGCAGCAUAUCUGAGGGAUUGGCUGCAAGCUCUCGAAGUCCGCUUUGAUGUUCCGCAUGAAGAGUCUUCCAGGGGAAUCAAGCGGCCACAAAUCAAACGAAGCGUUACACGCCCUCGAAAGCGGCAACGACAAUCUUUGGACGAAUUCGAAUGGAUAGUCAGCGAUGCUAGUGACUAUUCUGAGCCAGAGACAUACGACGGAGGCAAGGACGAUGACGAGUUUGAGCCAGGGGAUGGUACUUUGCCAGAACAUGGACCAUUCGACAAGAAUUUAACCAACACUAUAUUACUUCAUGGACCAUCCGGCAGCGGGAAGACUGCGGCUGUUUACGCGUGUGCUGAAGAACUUGACUGGGAAGUUUUCGAAGUGCAUCCGGGUAUCGGAAAGCGGAAUGGUGCGAGCUUGGAAGCUCUGAUUGGUGAAGUAGGCAAGAACCAUCUUGUGCGAAGAACGGGACGCAAGAAGGGCGAGCAAGAAACUGACUUUGGCUUCAUUAUCCCUCAACAAGACGCUGGAGCGCGACAGUCUCUUAUCUUGCUCGAAGAAGUAGAUAUUCUUUAUCGUGAUGAUGCAAACUUCUGGCCAGCUGUCAUCAGACUCAUAAAGGACUGCAAACGACCAAUCAUCCUCACCUGCAAUGAUAUUUCGCUUGUACCAGUUGACGAACUGCCCCUUCAAACUACACUCAAUUUCGCACCGUGUCCACCGGAGGAAGCGGGAACAUAUUUGCAAGCCUUGUGUUGCUCAGCUGGCUAUGUUAUCGAGCAAGACCGUUUGCGUGACCUGUACAGCAACACGCUCGAUCUACGUCGUUCGAUCCAACAUCUUCAUCUGGGCCACGAGACAUCUGUUGCCAAUGACGAUACUUCCGACCUUUUGCUUGAUUGGACUUCGGCAACCAAGAGAGAUGUUCGGUACGCCGACACGCUCUCCUUCAUGGAUUCAUGCUUGACACGUAACGGCAAACCUGCUAUUUUUGCGGAAAGUCAAUGGUUGGCCAGUGGAGAUGAUGAGAUUGGCCACCCCAUUGUUACAGAUGCAGACCAAAACGUGUUUGGGCUGUAUGACCUGGACCAGAGGAUUGUCGCAGCUGUCACUAGACAUGGGCAGCAUGGACGGGCUCGUGUGGGUUCAGAAUAUGCGAGACUGAUUGACAAGAUGAGGGAGCAUCGAACUCUGGGAAUCGGAGUGAUUGAAAGAUUGUUGCGGCAGAGGAUAUUCUGGAAGGUGAGAACCAACAGGGUCGACGGGGAACGCGAACUCGCAGACGUUAUGAAAGACAGGUGGAAGUAG